AUGGUGGCCGCUGACAUCCAUCCGGAGUACCCUCCGCAUCAGGAGAUCACUCUCGUUCAUGCAUCCCUACCCCACGCCAGCAAUUCAUCCUCUGUCUCAACUCCCGUUUCUUCCUACAAGAUGCACCCGCGCGGAGAGCCCCGUCAAAUGAAGCUGGGAGACCUCCCGAAAAAUGCAAAACGAGGCGCCAUGGGCGGGAGUCGGUCAGCCCUCGAAAGCGCCUGGGCCGAGACAGGGGGGCCAUUGUCGCAGACCGGUAAGCCUCUGGGGCAGCCUUCUGGGGACGACUUUGACGGCAGUUCAGUGGCGCCGACUGCAGCCGAAGUCUCGAAUGUGUCGUCCAGGUGGACGAGUGGUGGAGAUGGUCAACCCCGCGAACACUGUGCAGGAUCGUGCAGAUCCGCUGGUGCAGAAGAAAGGGAUCAACGCUCAGAAGGGAAGAAGAGACGUAGUGGUCUUGGAUUGCUUCAGAGGCUGCGGCAGAGACGGGUUCUUGGAGGCGGAAAUGUUCCUCCUGGAGCUGACGAGAGGCAAAUCACGGGACCGAAGGGUGCUGACGAAAGAGGCGGAAUAGCGUCUAGAGUUUUAGGCCGCCCAAGCGAUGUUAUGGCUGAGGGGGAAGGGGAGAGAGGAGAAAGCGCCGCAGUGGACGGUGGGCUCGACGAGACAAAGAUGAGAGACGCCGAGGGGGAGUUCCCGCCAGAGGCGCUGGAAGCGAUGCAGCGACAGCGGAGCAACGAGAAGAUGAUUGUUGCCGUUUUCUGCCUCAUGUUCGCGCUAGAGAUCUUUGUAAAUUUCGAUUCCGGCGUCGUUCCUGCAAUUCUCCUUACUCUGCAAGAACAAUUUCACCUGGAUGGCGCCGCGGCCGGACUCCUCGGGUCUCUCCCAUACAUUGGCCUUGUCGCCUCGAGUCCGUUCGUGGGUCGCGGCCUAACCACUUUUUCGCCAAAGUGGUUCUGUCUAAUCACCAUGAUGGUAAAUCUCGUGGCAACGGGCCUGCUCGGUCUUGCCUCCAACAAGCUGAUGCUGUAUCUGUCGCGACUGCUCAUCGGCUUGAGUCAGUCCGGAUUCUCCAUAUACGCGCCGGUCUGGGUCGACCAAUUCGCGCCUGCGGACAAGCUGACCCUCUGGAUGGGCCUCGCCCAGGGCGGCGUCGUCAUCGGCACAAUGCUUGGAUGCAUGAUUGCAGGCUCUUUCGACACGGCUGCUCGGGCAGGCGUGGAAACGAUCUCGUGGCGCUAUGCGAUGCUCAUUCAGGCGAUCGCUUUGUUCAUUCUCCUCACGAUUUGGCUAUUCUUUCCGCGCCGUUUUGUCGAUAUCACGAUGACCAAGGACGCGGGAGACACCGGCGUGAGCGUCGUGGACGCAGCCAUGGCAGAUGCUCUUCCGGGCGCGACUGUUCUGGAGGAAGGCGAAGAUGAAGCCGAUGAAGCGGAGAGGAAACGUGGCUCUGCCGAGACAUUCGCUUCUGCCUCAAAUGACACGAGUUCAGAGCAGCGACGCUUCGGCGAAUUGCCCCCCCCUCGAUCUCGGGACGGAGAGUCGUCGGAUGUUUCUCCUGCAAUUGUUGUGAGGAGCGAGGGAAGCGACGCCCGACGAGGAAGUCCGGAGACCGGGCCGGAAGAAGGCCUCGCGGACAGGCAGGUGACCUCUCCCUUUCGAGGGCGGCGCGACACAGGAGACGCGUCCCCUCGAGGGCGGCGCUUGUCUGUCGGGCUUCUUCAGCGGCCGCCGUCAGGUGGUAUGCGAAGGACUGGCGGAGACGAGGAAACCGGAAGAAAUGCCGGAGCCGGACAAGGUUUAGGGCUUCCGCAAUUUCGCAAAGAGCUUCUGUCCAACUUGCUGCCGCUGGAUUUCAUUGCGACCUCGCCCACCUUCACCCGUCGCGCCUCGCAAAUCAAUCCGGGGCCUGCGCCGGGCAGCGUGAACGCGGCGCGUCUGUCUCUUUCGUUGAUGAUGGGGACGGCGGAUGGUGUGCCCCGGCCGGUGGGAGACGUGCCAGUGGUGCUCCUGGACGCCUCGGAAAUCCCCCAGACGUCGACGUCUGCGGAGGGUCUUGGGCGACCGAGCGAGGGUGGACGAGAGCUGACGACGUUGUCGCGCCUCGGGCCACCUCCCUCAUCGUCUGCGGAGGCGGCGCUGGCUGUCGCGUCGGCGCUGGAGGAAGGCCAGGAUUUCUCCCCAGGAGAAGGCGAAGCCCAUUCGCUCGACCGUUCUUCGUGUUCGCCGGAGGUCCGGGUUGCUCAUCCGUUUCAGACGCGCGGUGGCCAUCGGACGUCUGCGUCUGUCCCGGACAUUGGAGCGGGACGAGGCCGGAGCCCGUCGACCGUGUGCAUUGGGCGAGGAGGGAGUGCGUCGCUCGCUCACAUCCACGCGAGGCACUCGGUUGCGGGAGGAGUCUCCGCGCGCGCAGGGAGUAUAUCGGGCCCCGGCGACGUGCCGCCGGCGACCUUGAACCGAGCGAAUUCGACCGUGAGUGAGGUGCAAUACCAAAUGACGUUCCUCACGCCGCAUUCAACAACCCUCGCCUUUGAAGCUUUCAACUGGGCGGCGGGGACGGCGGACCCUCUCCUGCUCGUUCGCACGGAUGUGAGGCCUCCAGGAGAUCUGCCAGCUGUCGAGGGUCGCGCAGGCCCCGGGGCCGCGGCGCUGGGCUCGCAGGGCCCCUCCCACCGACGUCGCUCGAACGCCUCUUCGGUGGUUUCUGAACACGCGCAUGCGGUUCGCCUUCCAGUCGGCGUGGCCUCGCCCAGAAGAAGCCGCGUCAGCGAAGACAGUCCCGCAGAUGCCCGUGCCGCGCAGACGGCGAGUCAGCAGAUCGACAGGCAACCCCGUGCAGAAGAGCAAACUGAGGCAGGCGCAGGAGACCGAGUGACGGAGCUACAUGCCUUUGCGGACGGAGGCAAGAGAAGGGGGAAGAGAGAGAGCGACGACCGGACGGCUGCAGACAAGGCAGAGGGCCAGGGGCACUCGGGGGCCGCGGAUGAGUUUUUCGACUGGCUGCCUGGGCCGCGAAUCAGCACAAGCAGCUCCACGGUUGCACCGCGACUCAUAACGCUUCCGCCGGACAGUGCAGAGUGGGAGCCCGAACCCCACGUCGAAGCGCUCAGCGCCACCCCAAGAACUUUUGGCGUCUGGCAGUCCAUCUGCAUUCUCUUCGAGAGUCCGAUCUAUGUCUGUGUGACGAUCGCCCUGUGCGCGCUCUUCUUCGAAGUGACGGCUAUCCAGUUCUGGUCCAUCACCUACUUUCAGCAGGAGCUCCACGUGCCAGGUGCUCAGGUGUUGGUAGCCUUCAACGCGACAGCAGCGACGGCUCCGAUUGUUGGCGUUCUGGCCGGAGGCUGGUUUAUCGACUAUUUGGGAGGAUAUAAGAGCGAAAAGGGCAUGUUGCGAACCUUGCUUAUUCUUGGCUCGUGGGCUGUCCUGUGUCUUUUCUUUGGAAUAUGCGCCUCGUGGGUCCCGAACUUUAUCGCAAUUAUUUGCUUCAUCUGGGGCAUUCUCUUCUUCGGUGGGGGGAUUCUCCCUGCUGCCACCGGGAUCGUCAUCGCCUCCGUUCCGCUGGAAGUCCGUGCCUUUGGCAGCGGCUUUUGCAUGAUGAUCUACAACGUCUUCGGCUACGUGCUAGGGACUCUUGUCCCCGGCGCCAUCAUCCAGGCUGCGGGUCUGACCUGGGGCAUGCGAGUGGUUUUCUUGUGGUCGAUUUUCGGAGUGAGCGGUCUCUUCGCUGCCGCGUUCGUCUGCUGGCGGCUGCGUAUCAAACCCGCCUACGUUUCCUACCGAGAGAAGUCCUCCCUAAAGAACGAGAUCGAAAUCCGGGACGUUCAUGAGGACUGA